GAGAGAGAGAGAGAGGGUAUUUGCCCACAAUGGCGGGCGACUGUAGGUGUUCUCGACACCUCUGGUUCCUUAUCCGGGAACCCGCUCCGCCGCUGCGAUUGGGCCGGCGGGUCACGUGGUGAAAGUAACUUUACAGGCUGUGGGAGUAGGAGGGCUUUAUGGAGCAGAAAAACGACAAAGCUAGAAAAAUUAUUUUCCACUCCAGAAAUUAAUGAUCAUGAGCUCGUAUUUGAUGGAGUCUAACUACAUUGAUCCCAAAUUCCCUCCAUGUGAGGAAUAUUCGCAAAACAACUACAUCCCCGAGCACAGUCCCGAGUACUACGGCCGAGCCAGGGACCCCGGAUACCCGCACCACCACCCGGACCUCUACUCCGCUCCGCGCCCCAGCUACCAGGACCGCCAGUACAACUGUGCCAGCAGCAUCCCCGAGCCCGCUCACCUGCUGGCCGGGAAGGGCCAGCCGGCGUCGUGCGAGACCCCCCAGCUGUCCCUGUCUCCGGCCACCCCUCCGGCCGCCAACCAGGCGACCCCCGAGCACCCCAGCAGCACGGCCGCCUCCUCCAAGCAGCCGGUGGUCUACCCGUGGAUGAAGAAGAUCCACGUCAGCAGCGUGAACUCGGGUUACAGUGGGACGGAGCCCAAACGGUCCCGGACAGCGUACACCCGCCAGCAGGUCUUAGAACUGGAGAAGGAAUUCCACUAUAACCGCUACUUAACCCGGCGGAGGCGCAUCGAGAUCGCCCACACCCUGGUGCUGUCCGAGCGUCAGAUCAAAAUCUGGUUUCAGAACCGCAGGAUGAAAUGGAAAAAGGACCACAGGCUGCCGAACACCAAAGUCAGAUCGUCGGGCUCCAACGGCAGCGGCGGCGGCUCGGCAGCUGGUUCUGCCGCCGCCGUCGCUUCGCUCGGCACCGGCGGGCCCGCAGACGAACUGAGCGGCACCAGCGAGGACAUCACCAGGUUAUAGAGGCGCGGCGCGGCGCGGCGCGGAGGGACUGCUGCGUCUUUCCUCUCGGUGUAGCUGUGCGCUUUCCUUUGAGUCCAAAGUUGUGUAGAAUUGCAUGAGACGGCAUGGAUCGGCGAACACGCGUCGGACGCUUGGACGCGACAGGGUUUUAUUUAUUUGACUUUUUUAUCCGAAUGAAGGAAGAUAUAUUUACAAAUCGUUGUGUUGCUGGAGAAACUGCACAAUCUAUUUAUUUCAGACUGGUCGACAUGAUGACGGCGACGAUAGUUAUUUUUGUAAAUAGAGGCGGAAAACGACAAAAAUAUUUGUUGGUGGAAUUUUAGAAGAUUUUAGUUCGUGCUGUCGGUGUUGUGUUUUAGAUCCUCGUGCGACGCAAUAAAUGUUUAUGUGCUCAUUCCGUGACUGAUAGUUUUAUAAAAUCAUUUCGUUCACAUGAUGUUUUAAAAAAUAUAUAUGACUGAAGGAUUUUAAAAUCACUGUGUUUCCAAACCACAAGCAAGCAAUGUGUACAGGCGCGCGCGCGCGUGUGAGUGUGGGAGAGAGAGAGAGAGAGUGUGUGUGUGUGUGUGUGUGUGUGUGUGUGUGUGUUGCACUGACGGUGUCUCUGUUAAACCUGGAAUAUUUGGUGAAGUGAACCGAGUGAGGCCUCCUCCUCCUCUUCCUCAGCUGCAUGCAGAUCCACGUAGAGGACAUUCUCGAUGUGUUAGCGACACUGUGGUGACUUUAUUUUGUACAAAUAAAUGGCCGUUGUUUUGUUUUCUAUCCGCUCACGGAGCGACUGGAGUUUCCACUGUCAGAAAUAAAAGCAGGAAAACAUCAAGUGGCUCGCUGCUGUGGUUUUUAGCGCUGAUGUCAUCGCUGGUGUAUGUGAGCUCGAGUCCAACUCCCAUCUGUCACCCGACAUGUUUGAGCUCUUUCUCGGGCGAGUUUGUGUUCGCAGGUGUUGUCGCACAUUGGUGCUCAAAUGAAGAGAAUCGGGCGCAGUUUGAUAGAUUAUUGAGCGUGAAUGGAGCGGGCUGCCUGGUGGGGGACAGAGGGGCGACAAAGACGCAGCUACACUCCUUCAUCAAUCUUUUUUGAUGCUGCGGAGCUUUUGUCUUCGCUGUUUUGGGCAACACACCGUCGACUUUUGCGCCACAAACGUCACAGUCACGAGAACCUGCCAGUCGGAGUGGCGAGCGAGCAGAAUGCGAGCUGGUUCCGAGCGCAUCUGCGGUUCGGGCCCGCUGGCGGUUCUCUGAAGGACAAGAAUGGAGGUGAAAAAUGAACGUGGGCCCUUUAUGUCGCGGGACAGUUUGGAGAAA